UGCGCACCGCGUUUGAUUUGUGUUAAUUUCUCCUCGAUUACCAACCAUGCCUGCUUCAAACGACCCAACUGCCAAAGCAUGGCCUGAAAACGUGGGCAUUAUCGCUGUGGAGGUAUACUUUCCAUCUCAGUACGUCGACCAGACGGAGUUGGAAAAGUUUGACGGUGUUUCCGCCGGCAAGUACACCAUCGGGCUUGGUCAGUCUAAGAUGGGCUUCUGUUCGGACAGAGAAGACAUCAAUUCUCUGGCACUCACUGUCGUCCAACGACUCGUGGAGAGAAACGAUCUUUCCUACACUGCCAUCGGGAGACUAGAAGUAGGGACGGAAACAAUCAUUGACAAGUCCAAGAGUGUGAAGUCUGUGUUGAUGCAGCUAUUCGAAGGUAGCGGCAAUACUGACGUGGAAGGUGUUGACACAACGAAUGCUUGCUAUGGCGGCACCUCCGCAUUGCUUAACGCGGUGCAUUGGGUGGAAUCAAGCGCAUGGGAUGGGCGAUACGCAUUAGUAGUCUGUGGUGAUAUUGCUGUAUAUGCGACCGGAAAUGCCCGAUGUACCGGCGGCGCAGGAGCCGUGGCGAUGUUAGUGGGUCCCAACGCACCUCUUGUUUUUGACCAAGGUUUGAGAGGAUCCCAUAUGCAGCACGCUUAUGAUUUCUACAAACCGAACCUGUCGUCUGAAUACCCCGUGGUUGACGGUAAACUCUCCAUUCAGUGUUACCUUCACGCGCUGGACAAGUGCUACAAGGUUUACUCGUCUAAGGCCAACACAGCCAGGAAAAAUGCCGGGAUUUCAGAACCUUUUUCUUUAAGCUCUGCUGACGAUUUUGUUUUCCACACGCCAUUCUGUAAACUGGUACAGAAAUCAGUGGGAAGAUUAAUGCUGAACGACUUUAUAAACGAAAGCACUCCGUAUUUGGAAUCCAAGCACGACGAAUUAGAUGCUUACAGAGACGUCAAACUAGAAGACACGUACUUCGACAAACAAGUAGAGUCAACCUUUGUCAAGGCGAGUAAAGACAUGUACAGUAGGAAAACUCUGCCGAGUCUCAAGGUGGCCAGCCAAGUGGGAAAUAUGUAUACGGCAUCCGUGUACGGUGGACUGGCUUCCUGCAUUGCCAAGUAUUCUUCUGCCGCUGAAUUAGCUGGGAAGAAAAUAGUGUUAUUUUCCUACGGCUCCGGACUAGCUUCCACCAUGUUCUCAAUGACCGCUACGGACGAUUAUUAUGAAGGCUCAUCUCUGGCCAAGCUCCACGACAGUUUGAAGGGUCUACAGGACAGAUUGGACAGUAGGAUCAAGGUUCAACCAGAGACCUUUGAUAAAACAAUGAAACUAAGGGAGGAGACUCAUCACUUAGCGCCGUACACACCCGUUGGCAAUACGGAAAACCUGUUUAACGGAACUUGGUAUUUGACGGAAGUAGACGAGAUGCACCGACGAAAAUACGAACGGAAGCCAGUGACUGGUGCCACUGAGAAAUUAUCAGGCAAUGGCGUACAGGUUAAGGAGCUGAUUUGA